AUGUUUAGAUCACCAUUAGACAUUGAAUUAAGGUUGGACGGGGAGGACACUAGGGAGAUGGUUGAUAUCAAAAGUUUGAAAGGUCGUAAAGAAAGAAUUCCAUUAUAUAAGGACGGCGAGACAGUAAAAGGUCAGGUGACAGUCAGAACGAGAGACAACAAGAAGAUCGAGCACAUGGGCAUAAAGAUACAAUUAUUAGGAACAAUUGAGACAAAGGGAGAUGGCGUUCAAUCAGAUGACUUUCUUUCAUUGGCACAUGAACUUGCCAGCCCCGGAGAAAUGCGUCACCAGGAAACAUUCCCAUUCGAAUUCAGAAAUGUUGAAAAGCCAUACGAAAGCUAUAAAGGGAUAAACGUGAAGCUUAGAUACUACUUGAAAGUCACCGUUAGCCGAAAGUCUGCUGAUGUUAUUAGAGAGAAGGAAUUAUGGGUUUAUCAGUAUCAGAGUCAAGAACAAUUGGAAAGACAGGUGGUGCAGACAACAAAGGACAAAAAGUCGGCACCUACAUCAAUGGUGAAGAUGGAUGUUGGAAUAGAAAAUUGCCUUCAUAUUGAGUUCGAAUACUCCAAGAACAGAUAUUCAUUGAAAGAUGUUAUUGUGGGGAGAAUAUACUUUCUGCUAGUGCGCCUCAAAAUUAAGCACAUGGAGCUUUCGUUGAUUAGACGUGAAACAUGCGGUGCCUCACCAAAUCAAAAAAGUGAAAGUCAAACCAUAGUCAGAUUUGAAAUUAUGGACGGUGCUCCUGUUCGGGGAGAGACAAUCCCUAUAAGGCUCUUCCUCGGGGGAUUCGACUUGACACCUACAUAUAAGGAUGUCAACAAGAAAUUUUCUACCCGAACAUUCCUAAGCUUAGUUCUUAUUGAUGAGGAUGCUAGAAGAUAUUUCAAGCAAAGCGAGAUCAUCCUUUACAGAGAAGAAUAG